UUCAGAAUCGAAACCGCGUUUGGUGUAGAUGCCGCAGACUUUUCUCUCGCUGUGGGUCGGUUCACAGAUGGACACCGGACUUCUGCGAGCCCCCAGCUGGAGAUCUUUAAACCCGGUGAUCGAGCAACCCAGUGGUGGUGGUGGUGCCGGGGUUCCGGUUCGAACCCUGGCACACUGAGGAAGAGGACGAUGAGGAUGAUGAGGCUCAGGAUGGGUCGGAUGCUCUUGGCCACAUGUGCCGGAUCUUUUUUUAUUCUUAUUUUAUACUUUCAGAGCAGCUCCAGAUCUGGGACUGAGCAGCUUUUUGGAAGGACCAGGUUGCCCGGAAAAUCGAGGAGGAACACCCUGCAGGCCCUGUACGACGGAGAUCAGUGGAAUUACUCUGCAGUGAAGGCGACGCUUCAGGCUCGGCAGUUGUUUUUAAAGAAGGCGUGCAGCACCCACACCCGCAAACGCCGCGUCCUGAGCCGAGAGGACCUGCGCCACCUGCUGGUGGACGACCGCCACGGCCUGCUCUACUGCUACGUCCCCAAAGUGGCCUGCACCAACUGGAAGCGCGUGCUGAUGGUCAUGACGGGCGACGGUCACUACCGCGAUCCGCUGGAGAUCCCGGCCAACGAGGCGCACGCCCCGGGCCGUCUCCGCUCCCUCUCCGAAUACACGACGGGCGAGAUCAACCGCCGGCUGCGCACGUACCUGAAGUUCAUGUUCGUCCGGGACCCGUUCGAGCGGCUCAUCUCGGCGUACCGGAACAAGUUCACGCGCAGCUACAACACGGCCUUCCACAAGCGCUACGGCACCAAGAUAGUGCGCCGGCACCGCGCCCACCCCAGCCCGGAGGCGCUGGAGCAGGGCGGCGACGUCUCCUUCGAGGAGUUCGUGUACUACCUGGUGGACCCGCGGACGCAGCGCGAGGAGCCGUUCAACGAGCACUGGGAGCGGGCGCACGCGCUGUGCCACCCGUGCCUCAUCCAGUACGACGUGGUGGGGAAGUACGAGAGCCUGGCGCAGGACUCGCGCUACGUGCUGAAGCUAGCCGGCGCCGAUCGGGAGGUCAAGUUCCCGACCUUUUCCAAAAGCACCAGGACUACGGAGAGCAUGGCGGCCAAGUACUUCGACAACAUCAGUCCGUUUUAUCAGAGGAAGCUGUACAACGUUUACCGCAUGGACUUCCUGCUCUUCAACUACUCCACACCCGCCUACUUGAACUUACAGUCAGACUGAAGGUUAAACAUGUUUGUGGUUUUUAAUUUUUGCUGAACUGGCAGGUUGUGAGUUUGCUGCUGAGGCUCCGGAAUAGCCUGUAAUACACACGGGGGCGCCGACGUACCCCUGGUAGAAUCGUCAGCCAGCUCGAUGGCUCCGGCUGUCCGCCCUGUAGUGGGUCUGUCUGAAAACCUAGUGAGCUGCCUCGCUGCCUACUCCCUACCUGGUCAGCUGCCUCAGUAGAGAGGAUUCUAAUAAGACAUCGAACUCAUAAGGCAGAUUAUUUGGACGCUCUACUUGGACGUCAUUGCAGUUUUAGCUUACUAAGCUAACGUCUCCCUCCGUGUCCCGAAAACGAAUUUACAAAUGAACGACACUUGUAUAAUUGCAGAAAUUAAACAUCAACGAGAAUUGAUUUACAUGUGAAAAGAACUCCGUUAGUUGCUCCUCAUUAUAUUCGUCCGCCACGUUUGUAGAAAAGCCAUGCCGCACUGAAUGCUGGGAUUGCCCCCAGCGCUGAGGAGGCAUCGGACGCUCCCUCGUCAUUCAGUCAGAUCAUCACUCAGAAUUAAGGCGCCUCAGUAGGACCAUUUUAAGGGAGCUAAGAAUUUAGACACGCCCUCUUCUUGGGAGUGUAGGAUGAUGGGAAAUGAGUCUGUGUAGAGACUCGCUAGGUUUUUAGACAGAGCCAACGUCUCAGAAACAGAAGCUGAACGUCUGUGUGCUUCAAAGUACUUCGUUUCCAUGUUUCCCUCCAGUGGGAAAAUACUUUACAGUCAGCACAGAGCACGAUUGGCUGUGUGUCUGUAAGGGGCGGGACAACAGCUGAACAGAGUUCCUCAUAACUGCUGCGGUUAUGACUUUUGCUGGCUCUGAUGGCGCCUGCACAGAGACGGGGGAUGAUGGAGAUCAGUGCGUGGCUCUCCGUGCACGAUACGGAUCUCCACCCGCCUUGUGCAGGUGAAAAGAUGCGCUCAAUACUGCACACGUGUCGAGGGGAGGGGGUGCGUAACGGUUUCAGUGAUUGGAUAUGACUAGAUUGGGAGGGAGAUGCCAAAAAGUAAAGAGGCCGGGUGGCGACUGUUAAAGAAAGCGUCCACCUGUCGAUUCCUGAUCCUGCAGCUGAGGAAAUAAAAAUCUAAACGCUAAUGCUAACUCUGAAGCAGCGGUUCGGCGUUCAGAAUUUCGCUUUGUUUUUUAUGAGGUUUGAUGUCCAACAGGUUUAAAUUAGAAGUAAAUGCACUAAAAUGCGUUAAGCUUUGUUCCAUUUUAAUGGCUAAUGAAUGAAAUACAUUUAUUUUAAUUAAGCUCAUCAUUUUAAAUUCGAACGCCGGAAGUGAAACGUCUGACUAACUCGGUACACGGAGGAGACCGCACAUACAGAUUCAUCUCUAAGGACCGAUGACCGCUGGUCGAGGAAGCCUUCCCUUCCCAUAAUCCCUCAGAACUCUUACGUACGUUUAAAGUGAAGCGGGAUUCUUCACUAGCCGUCAGACGCACCCACACACGAGCAGGUUUUAUAUUUAUGCUUUUAAUUUGAAAAGUAUUUAUUAUAAACUGUUGUUAUUGUUAUUGUACGUUGAUCUGAAAUCUGAGGUUUGACCCCCAACUGUGAAUCUUAAUUUCAUAAAAAAAGGACUUGAGUGAUUCUA